AUGCACCCCAGAGGCCCAGAUCGAAAGAACUUCAAGGUCACCAAGUCCAGGCUGGCCCUGGUUUCACUUCUUUCUCACUUCAUCGCCUUCCAGCCUGCCGGCGAUGCGUAUGCCGGAACAAACGCCCUCUUGUCUCAGUCCAGCACAGCAUCGUCGCCCCAUCCUCCAAAACGACCGACACCCCGCUACCAGCGCCGGGCUUCAGCUUCGCAUCGGCGGUUUCCGUUCACCAUCUGGCAGCUUCGAACUUCCUACCUGGCUACGAUAAAGGACGGUGUUGGCGACCGUCUUAUCAAUGUAAACUCCUCGAUCCUGAACUCGCCUUGCUUCCGUUCUGCUGGGUGGUCGGUUGCCGCUGACCCAAACGCCGCUCAUAUCAAACGGACUCACUCGCCUCCCAUACCAACGGCGACGGCUGUCGGGGCACAAUACGCAGCUCACAAUGCCGCGCGACGCAACAACUUCAACGGCGGCGGCGGCGGAGGGGGAGCUGAAGUGAUCAACGGAGAUGGCAGUUUUGGCGGCGAGGACACCUUGCAGCUGGGUACUGGGCGUGCUACCGCCGCCGACGACGAGGAAGACGAAGAAAUCACGUUGAAUACGGAGGGGAUGGCAGGGUUGGGAUUUACAAAUAUUGUACGGCAGGCGUAUAAGAAGAAAGGGAGCCGGCAAGAGUUGGGUCGGAGGGGCCAUGCAAAAAAUUCCAGACGGCCGGUGACCCCGGGCGACGGGGAGGAGGAUAGCAGUGAUCUCAGCGAUGAGAGUGACGAGGAGACUUCGAGACAGAGAGCCGUGCAGCAGAUCCAAUUUACAAAGAUGCCAGUCCGUCAUCGUGCGGACUCAUCACCCAUCAGAGGCUCCGAGCAUCAAGGCGGCCCGCAGGUCCUGAUCACAUCCCCGUCUAUACGGUCUGUAGAUAACCGAUUUCGAAGAAGUUCUCUUGGAGCGGUGGAAGCCAUCAAGUCUCGGGCGAGGCGAGACACGACUACAAGCAGCGACAUGUCGUCCGAUAUCGAGUUAGACCCAGAGGCCAUGAAAAGGCGACAAAUAAAGUUCUUGAAGCACGAGAAUGAAGCCUUUGUCCCGCGGGAAGAGGACGAGGAUGCAGAGAGCGAGAAACUAGAGGAGGAAGUAGAGAUGGAGGCUGAAAUGGCCAGCGGAGCUAUGAGAGCUCAGAGGAAUGAACAUGACCACGACGAUGAUUCUAUUGCCGGCUCUGUUGGGUCUGCCAUAUCGUCGGACUUUGGCAACACGGCCGGGUCGGGGUCGUUGCUGGGCCGUGGCGCACUUCACGCAUCGUCGCCGUUGAUGCUGAACAAGAUACCUAGAGGCAUGGAAGCGCAAGGCGGAGGUUCGUCUCCAAGGAAGGAUAAAGAUAUAUCUGCUCCGAUGCUACCAAGAUUACCGCCGGCGCAACCGAUCACACCAACGGAGCCCGUCAGUCUUCUAUCCAACAUGCUCAAUGCGCGAAAGAAAGCGCCUGAAAACCCUACCGAGAAGUAUGCUGUGUUGUCUGGAAAGGGGUCAUCCGGAACACCGCUGUAUAUCAAGCUGUAUACCCCAUGCUCAGAGGACCCAGAGGAGCCAAUGGACAUGCCUCUUACGAAGGAUACAAAGGACGGAGACCACUCGCGACCUGUCACAGUUGCUGAAGCUAUCGGCCUGGCUCUGUGGCGGUAUACGGACGACAAGAUCAAACCGGCUAUUGAUAUCUCGAAACUGGGAGUCAAUUACUGGAAUCUACGCAUGGUCGAGGACGGCGAAGUUGACUACGACUUCCCUCCCCUUGCCAGGAAACGACCGAUCACUGAUUUCACAUCGAACAACAACCGAGCAGCGGGAUUCAGGGGACGGUCGAGGAGUAAGCCGUACGAUGAAUUUGCGCUCGUGGAGGCAUCGCCAGCGGAAUUCGAAGAGAACGAGACGGUAUGCCCGGGGGAUAGCAUCGCUGCCCCUGAUGUCACUACACCGACGGCUGCACCAGCAGCAGAGAUGCCACCACCACCACUCUCACAGACGGCGGGUGCACAAGCCCUUCCAUCGAACCAUAUCAAGGUAGCGAUCGGUGGCCGUAUGAAUCCGAUCCUGGGCCACCCGUUCACCACAGCGCUGAACGACAGCUCCCUACGGCCCGCCGACCUCCCAGCCAUCCCCACGAUGCAAGCCACUCCUCGACUGGGAGUCUCUACCCAGCUAAAGGUACGAUACGUCGACCUAGAGGCCUCCACGCGGACGACUACCCUGAAUACGUCGACGGACAGCUACAUUGCCGAGAUCCUCGACUCCGUCUGCAAGAAAUGGCAGCUCGACAAGGGCAACUAUCUACUCAAGGUCAUGAACUCCAACACGGUGGCGCCACUAGACCGCACCGUCGCGGCCCUGGGCAACAUUACCGACCUCGAGCUUGUCCGUCGUCGCUUCGGCGCCGGCCCGCUCUCCCUCAUGGGCUCGCCGGGUAGCUCCUCUCCCAACGCGCCUCUGCUGGUCGACAACGGCACGGCCGCCACCUCCUCCAAGAAGAGCAAGAAGGGAGCAGCCUCACGCAUGCUUCACCCGCUGGCGCAGAAGCAGGACGUGAUCGUGGGGGGAUACUACAAGCGCUACCACGUCAUCCGCAAGCAGUCGAUGUCCUUCACCACCUCGAGCCAGCGCGUACUGGCCUUUGACAACGACUACAUGCACAUCAUGCCGGCAGAGACGGGCAAGACGCUGUUCGAGGCCAACAGCAAGACGACCUCGAUCUCGUUCUGCGACGUUAUCGGGUCGAAGGUGAGCAGGCGGCAUCCGAAGAGUUUCCGGUUCGUGGUGCUGCGAGGGACGGAGGCGAACGAGCAGAAGAGAUAUGACUUUGAAGCGAAGAAUGCCGUGGAGGCCAUCGAGAUUGUCGACGAGAUCAAGAAGAACAUGGCUCACUACCGGCUGUGA